AUGGAGCCUGUUAAGCCGUCGGGCUGCAGCUGGGAUAAUAACUUUGGGGAGUAUAGGGACAAAUUGGACCGUUCCCUCGGCAAGUUGCGGCGAGAUUUGCUUCUAUUACAAGAACAGGACCAGCUUCUUCUGCGCCAGCUAUUGCGAAUACAUCACACGAUCGGAACGCUAAGUGGGAAACAUGGUCGUCGCCAGAGUUACGGAGGUGGGGGUACGCGCAAAAUAAGCCUCGAGAAUUUGGCGAUACCGGGCCAAGGUCAGCCACGGCGUCUUUCAGCCUCGAAGAUCAUCCCAGUCAGGAGGCAAAGUGAACCAUUCGUGAUGCAAGAUACGUGUAGUAGUUACGAAGAUGAAAUGAGUGACACAUUGGAAGAUAUCGUGGAAGUGGCCCAUCAUCUAGAAAGGAAUAAUAACAGAAGAGAUUCUCUGGACAGUUUCGAGGAGAGCUUAGAGAGCCUUGACAUGAACCUAGAGGAAGAUAUGCUUCGUCUUCUACCUCCCCUACCUCUAGCCUUUAGCCGCAAACGAAGUGUUGGACCCUUAGAUGGGGCCAUAUUAACUCUACCGUCCUAUAAACCAUACGAUAUGGAAUUGGACUCUCCUAGUGAUCUGGCGAACUUGAACAAAUAUGAAAUCUCGUAUGGGGAACUACUGAAGAGGAGUGUAAAAAUAUGGAAAGAGGUGCAGACUGAUCAAGAGGCUACUGGAAGAGUGGAUGAUAAGAAAAUGACUACUUUGAAAUUAUUUUUAUGAGUUUAUAUUGUAUGAAUCAGGUAGCCCCCAAAUCAUGGAAAAUAAGCUAUGGUACGCCAUCCCUCAAGGUGAUUGCAAUGUUUAAAAUGUAGCUGUAGUUAUAUAUCUGAACGCCUCUCUGAUCCAAACACCUCUCCAAGCUACCCGUUAUACACAGCGGGGUUUAAUCUUGACGAAAAACUUACCA